GCCAAGCUUAUCCAUGAAACCAACUUCAGAGCACGCUGACAAGUGUCGCACCAUUAAGAUUCAGAGUUCAGCUUCACUUUUAUCGUUAGUAGUGAAUAUCAUCGAUUGAAUAUUGAAUCUUUCAUGUUCUCAGAAUCUACUACUUAAAGCCCCAACUUCUCAACACGUCAUUGUUGCGCGUCCACCAACAACCUCAAGAUGUCCUUCUUCGCCAACGCCAAAUCGGCUCUUCAUGACUUCACAACUGAUAUCAAGAAGGAAGUUGGUAUUAUUGAGAAUGCUAUUGAAGAAGAGAGGCAUUCUCAUACCCAUCUCGGCGAAGAAUGCCAUAGCCUUCACAUUCAUCACCAGAAUAACCGGUUCCACAGCUUUGCGCCGCCGAGAACAGGCAACGAUGCAAAAUGGUUCGUGGAUGGCUGUGGUUAUUUCUGGGCAGUCUCUAUUGCGAUCGAGGAGGCGAGAGAGAGUAUCUGGAUCUUGGAUUGGUGGUUGAGUCCUGAACUCUACUUACGUCGACCACCAUCGCAAAACGAGGAUUACAGGAUCGAUCGAAUGCUCCUUGCUGCGGCGAAGAGAGGCGUCAAGGUCAACGUGAUUGUGUACAAAGAAGUGGCCGCUGUCCUGACACUUUGCUCUGAGCACACAAAGCAUGCACUUGAGCUUCAUCCCAACAUCGCUGUUUUCCGUCAUCCAGAUCACACACCAAGCGGACAAGUCCUCGAGUCAGAAAUCAUUUCAAGCAUCAAGAAUUUCUCGUUCAAAUCACUCAAGCUUGCCGACAUCCCAUCCGACACUUUCAAAGCUCUGUAUGGCGUUAACAACGAUGUUAUACUCUACUGGGCACACCAUGAGAAGUUGUGUCUCAUCGAUGGCAAUAUCGCAUUCAUGGGUGGUCUAGAUCUCUGCUUUGGAAGAUGGGAUACGAACUCUCACCCUGCAGCCGAUGCACAUCCGACCGAUGUCAGUCAAGCCGUCUUCCCAGGCCAGGAUUUCAACAACGCACGAGUCUACGACUUUGAAGAUGUCACGAAUUGGGAAAACAACAAGCUUGAUCGUACAAAGAAUGGACGAAUGGGAUGGUCUGACCUUUCAAUCUGUUUGCGAGGACCUGUCGUUGAAGAUCUUCGUGCUCACUUCGUUCAGAGAUGGAAUUUCAUCUAUGGAGAGAAGUACGACGUGAGGAAGGAUGAGAGAUAUCAUAAUCUCACUCUCGACAAUAUCCCAGACGGCUACUAUCAUCCAGACGGCAAGAAUGUUCAUCAUCUCAGCAGAGAUAUCACAAACCGAGAUGCCGAGGAUCCCGACCCGCAGUCCAACUACCAUCCGCAUCGGUUCCACUUACCAGGUGGUAGUGGUAGUAUUUUCGAUCGAGUCCGUACCGGAUUUUCGGACAUGUCGAGGGAGUAUAACGGAUACGGCGAACAGCAUCCAUCUGGAAUGUCUAUCCAACUUGUGAGAAGUUGUACCAGGUGGAGUCAUGGUGUUUCAACAGAGCAUUCCAUUGCCAAUGCCUACAUCGAAAUCAUCCACAACAGUCAACAUUUCAUCUACAUCGAGAAUCAAUUCUUCAUCACUGCCACUGAUGAUAUUCAACAUCCGGUUCGGAACAAGAUUGGAGCCGCGAUUGCAGAACGCAUCAUGCGAGCUUAUGAAAACGGAGAGAAAUGGAAGAUGAUUGUGUGCAUGCCUGCCGUUCCUGCAUUCGCAGGUGAUCUCCACGCUGAAGAUUCCCUUGGUACCAGAGCCAUCAUGGAGUAUCAAUAUGCUGGUGUCUGUAGAGGUGCUCACAGUAUCAUGGGAGCUGUUCAGAAAGCUGGUGUGCCAAAUGCAAAGGAAUACAUUCGUUUCUACAACCUCAGAAAUUAUGAUAGGAUCAAUGCUGGGAGCGCUAUGUCUCAAGCUGAGCAAGCCAGUGGUGUUAACUAUGAAAGUGCUAGACGAGAGCACGAUGAUCUUGUUGGUGCUGGCUAUGAUGGUAGAGGAGAAGGUACUAGAGCUAUGCAAGGACAGGAAGCUCAGUCUUAUGACAAAUAUCAGCAAGCUGGAGCUCAAGUCUCUGAUGGCAGCAAGUACGACUCUGUUGCCGAAUGCUACAUGGACGAUGGGCCUUCAAUCAAGGACAUCCCAUGGUCUGGAAGUGAAGAAGACGAGUUCAACGCCUUUGUGAGCGAAGAACUUUACAUUCAUUCCAAGAUCCUCAUUGCAGACGAUCGAGUCGUCAUCUGUGGCAGUGCAAACCUGAAUGAUCGUUCCCAAAUUGGGUACCACGACUCAGAAAUCGCCGUCAUAAUCGAAGACCCAACACCUAUCGAUUCCAUGAUGAACCACCAACCGUACCAAGCCUCCAAGUUCGCAGCUUCCCUUCGUCGUCAACUUUUCAGAAAACACCUUGGCCUGCUUCCACAUCAAGACUUCACGAAACCAGAUGCAAACUUCAUGCCCCUCAACAAGGACCCUAAUGCCUAUGACUGGGGCUCCCCAGCCGACAUGCUUGUCCGUGAUCCCCUCAGUCGAGAGUUCACGAAUCUCUGGAACGGAACCGCACAAGUCAACACUGAAGUAUUCUCCAAGGCUUUCCAUUGUGUCCCUGCGGAUAAUGUGCGAGAUUGGAAACAAUAUGAGAGCUUCUUCCAGGACUUGUUUGUCUCUCCAAGCAAGAAGGAUGAUAAGGUGCAGAUCCCGCCCAAGUAUGAGUACGGUCACGUGGUCAAGGAGGAGUUUCCUGGAGGGGUGAGAGAGUUGAAGGAGUGGUUGGACAGGGUUAGGGGGACGUUGGUCGACAUGCCUCUGUUGUUUAUGGAUGGUGUUGAUUUUGCGGAGGAGGGGUUGAAGCUGAAUGCUUUGACGGAUGCGGUUUAUACUUGAGUGGAUGGAUGACUUGAUGAUUGAUGGACACGUUGAUAUUGAUGAGAUAAUGAACUAGCGAUGGACUUUGAAAUUCAGCUGACCUUCUACACUUCGUGUAGCAUUGCCUCGAAAAGGAAAGUUUACCCUGCCAUCUUCUUCAUCUUGCAUUGGUCUCCCAAGUAAGGCGCAAGUGCUGAUGCUGGACUAAAUCCAGUAGAACUUAGAAAAAAAUGAGACAAUCGACUUCCAGAACAAUCACAUGAAACUUAAGACAAGGAACGGCGAGUCAACUAACCUCCUCGGAUCCCAAAUCGUGGUCAAGUGAUAUACAUUAUGUUCAAUCUCAAACAUUCCUUCGUCAAAUUCCCCAACCUAUGCUAAAUCUAUUUCUCUAAUCAGUACAGGUCCCCAACAUGCAUUGCAGCCGUUCGCUUCAAUUUAUCCCUAUCCAAGUGAUGCCACCCUUUCCGAUCUAACAAAGCGUCGAUUUGCGUCGCCGCACAAUC